UUUAUAGGGGGGUUUUGCUAAUAACACGAGGUCUUUUUCGGCAAUUAGAUAUUGCACAGGGUGAUUCUUGCAAAAACCCCAUUGUAAUAGCAGAUCAUGCACACAGCUACUCGAUUUUAUUAAUUCAGAUAAUUUUUCUUCUAUAUUCAGUGGCACAAUGCGUGUGAACUGUAUUAAUUACUUACAUAUACGUGUAUCUAUAUAUAUAUAUGCGAAUAUUAAGCUAAUUAGACCGAUCUUUCUUGACAAACCCUUAAUCCUGUCGAACUUUCUUGAUUGAAAAAAAAAAGAAUUAAUUAAUGUCUCAGUUGGAUAUGAGUGGGUGUAGGAAGAGGAGGAGAGGGGAGAGGGUGUUCAAAUUCAAGGUGUUCGGAGAGAGGGGUUACCCGGCGGAGUUUGGCGGCGGCGGCGGCGGCCGAGGUUCGUUUCAAGAAAACGUGAGAGCGCUUUUGGAGUAUGGUCACGUGGAGAGUGGCGCGUGCGGACCACUUCCCAGCUGGUCCUUCCAGCUCGAAGUUUGCCGGCAUCCUUUGCUCCAUUUGUUUCUCUUCGUCGUCGAAGAGCCCGUCGAGCUUUCGCCUGAGCUCCGUUGCAAGUACUGUCACUACAUAGGCUGGGGGCACCACAUGAUCUGCAAUAAAAAGUACCAUUUCCUAUUGCCAUCAAAGGCAAAUUCAGGUGGGCAAUACUCAAAGUCAAACUUGAUAGAACUGCAGGGAGAAAACCACACACUCCACGGUGUGUUCCACUCCAAUGGCUUCGGCCAUUUGCUCUGCAUCAACGGCUCCAAAACCGGGUCGAACUUGACGGGUUAUCAAAUCAUGGAGUUUUGGGAUCGUUUGUGCUCCGGCUUAGGAGCAAGGAAAGUGAGUUUAAAAGAUGUGGCGAAGAAGAUGGGCAUGGAUCUAAGGCUGCUCCACACGGUGGCCUCCGGCAAACCAUGGUUCGGCCAAUGGGGCUACGCCUUCGGCCGCGGGACACACGGAGUCAACAAUCAAGAAACCUAUCAAAGUGCUAUAAAAGCCAUCCAAAGCAUCCCGCUAACCCUAAUCGCGCACCAACUCGGAUUCUUCAUGAGCUCCCAAUACGAGAUUAUCCAAAACAUAUUGCCUAGGUACCAACUCUUGUCCGGCCAUUCGUUGAUCACACUAGGCGAUCUCUUCCACUUCAUGCUGGAGCUCAAACUCCGAAUUCCGAAAGAAACCAACGUUAGUAGUUCUCACUACCCGGGAAUCAUGUCGGACGCUUCGUGUAGAUGGUCGCCCAAACGGGUCGAAAUGGCGAUCCAUGUAGUUGUCGAAGCCCUAAAACGGGCCGAGUUUCAGUGGGUUUCUAGACAGCACGUGCGUGACGUGGCGCGGGCCUACAUAGGCGACACGGGCUUAUUGGAUUUUGUCCUUAAAUCGUUAGGCAACCAUUUGGUGGGGAAGUACUUUGUUCGUCGUUGCCUAAAUCCCGUCACUAAAGUGUUGGAGUAUUGCUUGGAAGAUGUUUCGAGGGCUUUCCCGAUGCAAGAGCCCCUUUUAGUGAAGGCUCAACAUAAGGUUUCGUGGGCCCAACUUAUGAAGGACAUGUUCUACAUGUACGUAAACAUUCUCCGAGACGAUCGUCAUCAAAACGGAUCGGUGUUUGCUACUAUUGGAGUGGCUUCAAGAAUCAUUCUUGAUUCCAAGUACCUCGUUAAGGAAUAUCACGCCGUAAAGGCAAUGAACGACGAAACAAACAAGACGAAGAUUGUCUAUUGCGCGGUUGUCCUAAUAAACGAGCAAGAACAAGAGACAACCACAACAACACCGUACCAUUGUUUUGCAUUGAGAAAUAGUGCAAUAUUCGAUGACCUAAAAUACGAAGUCGAGAAGAUGUUUAGGGAGACUUAUUUGGGGUUGAGGAACUUUGUAGCGACGUCGAUAAGAAAUAUGAAUCCGAAAGGAUCGGAUUUGGUCUUCAAGGCGGUAAAAUCGGGUAGUAAAAUCGAGUUUGAGUGCAUUCAAGAACUAGGGAUUAUUUGUGAAGGGCUUACAACAAUGGAUGUGGACUGUGUUUGCGGCGCUAAAGAAGACGACGGAGAGCGAAUGGUGGCAUGCGACGUGUGUCAAGUUUGGCAGCACACGCGGUGCGUACAAAUCCCGGAGAGUGAUCAAGUUCCUACUAUAUUUCUGUGUAGUGCUUGUGAGCAAGGUAUCUUGAGCUUACCUUGUUUGCCAUAGUUGCUUAUAUACAUAUGCAUGCUUAAUUAGUCUUUCUUUGGAAGUUGUUUAUUUCUUUUUUCAUUCUAAAAUUCUCUGUAUGCUACACCUGGUUAUUUACACUGAGUGAAUUUGAACUGUAGAUCUGCACAUAAUCACACACACC